AUGAUCCUUCAAAAUAUAUCGAUAUAUGAAGACUUCAUUAAUACAUAUGAUAAGCUUUACCACAUUAAGACAGAUGAAUCAUUCGAUGAAGUUUUCAAUAUGAUAUGUUCAACUAUACUUGGUAAAUAUCAAUUAUCAACUCGUAAAGUCAUUACAAGCAUUAUUAAUGCAAUCAAAUAUAAUUAUAGAUCAAUUAAUGUAUAUAUUCCAAUAAUAAACAUGAUUUUAGAAAAAUAUACUUUUGAUUUUUCGAAAAUUCAAGAAUAUUUUGAUGGUAUUCCACUUGGAAUAUCAUAUACUUACAAAAAUGAUGAAAUCAUCAAUGUGAUGAUUUAUGCAAACGAUUAUCCAUCCAAAAAUACUGUGAAAUAUAUGAUCAUGAAUGAUAAAAUUGAAGAAUUUAAAGAAUACGUGACCCAAAAUUCAAUUGAUGAUAUAGUGCUUCGCUUUUCAUGUUUCAAAGAAUUAAAACCAAUUGAAGCAUGCGCAUUAUUUGGAUCAGUCAACAUUUUUUAUUUUAUUUAUCUGGAUCUCAAACAAGAUAUCACCAAAAGAUGCUUUCAAUUUUCAUUAAUUGGUGGAAACAUUGAUAUAAUCAACGAGUGCAUGAAAUUAUACGACAUCGAUGCUGAUUGCAUGAAGUAUGGCAUUUCUAGUCAUAACAACCAAUUUAUUGAAUAUAUUUUGGAGAAAGAUCCAUCUUAUGUUCGUUUCUUUGAUAUCAACGAUGUAAUUGAAUCCCAAAAUCUUAAAUCCGUAUUUCUUUUAAUCAACAAAAAUGAUGAUGCCAUAAUUCCAUUUUGCUCAGCAUUUUCACAAACAAUCGAAUUUUUCAAAUGUAAUAAUUAUGAUUUCAGCAAAGUUGAUGAUAAAAAAAGAACUUUACUUCAUUAUGCAUGUCUUUAUAAUAGUGAUGAAGCAUGCAAAACAAUAUUAAAAUAUCCAGAAAUCUAUAAAUCAAUUCUCAAUUCACGAGAUUGUAACGGAAAAACACCUCUUCAUAUUGCAAUAUGCAAUAAUAACAAAGAUGAAGCAAUUCUUCUCGUAACAAACGGAGUUGAUAUAUACAAAAGUAUUAAUUGUAGCGAUAUUCUUCAUAUUGCAUUAAAAAAUAACAGAACUGAUCUUGCCGAAUUUCUAGUUAAACAUGUUGUCGAUAUCAAUAAAGGAGACUUUUUAGAUAUGACAGCUUUUGAUAUUGCUUUAACUUUUAACAAUUACACUAUUGCUAGAAUUAUUAUUUCUUAUAACUAUGAUAUCAAUAAAAUAAGCAGCUGGGAUGGUGAUACUCCAUUAUUAAGAGCUGUCCGAAAAGACGAUUUUAAUAAGGCGAAAUUUCUUCUUUGGAAUUUUGCGAAUCCUGAUAUUAAAAACAUAUAUUUGGGUAGUUCUUGUUUUCAUUAUGCUCAAAGACAUAAUAACAUAGAAAUGAUCAAACUUCUUCUUUCACAUAGAGGGAAUAUCAAUGCAAAAGACAACAAGAAUAAAACCGUGAGGGCAAGAAGGUUCCAAAUCAUUUGA